AUGGAGGGAGAUGCACAUACUGCUCUUGGGACGUAUAAUAUGGAUGCUAAAGAGGAGCUUAUGAACUAUAGACGUAUUAUGAGGAAUGAUGCCUGCAACCAAUUUCUCCCGUGCUAUAGAUCCCUACGCAGUGGCCAGCAGCGAAAUUCCGAAGUGUUUGUACAAAUACAGCGCACCUGGACAGAAUUCGAUAAUGUAGCAAUAGCCUUCAGGAUGACCCUUGAUCUCUUGCCCCGCCACGUAGCCGAGGGUAUCGCCACGGCGAGGAGCGGAUCCACUGCGCAUCUACAUGUCUGGAUUGGAUGGGGCUGGCUAGGGCGCGCCCGGAGCAACUCGCCGAGGGAAUCAUGUAAGGGUAUGAGCAAGGAGGGAGGGUUUCGGGGGCUUGAGGAGGCCCGCGCAAAUAUCGGGCAGGUGGAUGUUAGAGUAAGAGUCAGCGUCGCCGCAAUUUCCGCUUCGGGCUUUCAUCUCCAUCGGCAUGCGACUGCGUAUGCCUCGAGAAAGAAAGGGGAUGGCAUAGCUAGGCUACAUAACAUCAUCCUGCAAAAAAAUGUUCAAGCAUCCGUGAAUACCAUGAGACUCUGGGGUACGGAUAAUAGAAAGGUGGCUGACUAG